AUGGGUCGACCUUUUAACGGAAACAACACCCAUGUGGUGAAACAGCGCAGUGACGAGUUUGAGCGGCGAAGGCUGGAGCGGAUCGAGCAGCUGGGUCAAAAGUUUGCCGCAGUCGAACGCCGAGAUGCCAUAGACGACCGAAUGGGUUUUACUCGCUUCUCUGGCGAUGAAAAACGAGUCGGGUGGCUGGUCAACAUGCACGAGACGUUGCUACAGUCGGAAACGGCCGAGCGGGGCCUGGCAGCGGUGGACUACUACUUCUACGACGAGGAGGGAGGCAACUUCAAGUCGACGGUGGUGUUCCGGCCCUACUUUUUUGUCAUUUGCAAGCCUCAUACUGAGCAUGCGGUGAAGGAUCUCAUGGAAAAGAUGUUUGAGCGGGUGCUCGCAAGCACGGAAAUUGUUACAAAGGAAGAUUUGAACUUGACAAACCAUCUCACAGGAAAGAAACGAAAGGCGGUGAAAUUGGAAUUUCACAACUCGGAGGAUCUGAGCUCGACACGUUUCACGCUCAGCAAGAUUGUCGACCGACAGACACAGCAGACAGAGCAGCAUCUCAACAUUUAUGAGCUUGAAGGCGAUGUGGACACCAGCACAGACGUAGAAUCAUCCAUCACUGGCAUCAAGGAAUUUGAUGUGCCGUUUGAAACCCGAGUGGCCAUUGAUCUGGACAUUCGUGUGGGAAACUGGUACGAGGUCACCAAGGAAAACGACACGGCUGUGCUCAAACACAUGGUUGAACGAGAGUACCGAGCCGAUCCAGUCGUCAUGGCAUACGACAUUGAGACCGAAAAGGCUCCCCUUCGUUUCCCCGACUCAGCCGUCGACAGAAUCAUGAUGAUUUCGUACAUGAUUGACGGCGAGGGUUUCCUCAUCACCAACCGAGAAAUGGUGAGUGAAGACAUUGAGGACUUUGAGUACACUCCCAAGCCCGAAUUCCCCGGUAAUUUCACCAUUUUCAACGAGCCUAACGAGAAGGCUGUGUUGGAAAAGUGGUUUGAGCACAUUCGAGACGUGUGUCCCACGGUGAUGACUUCCUACAACGGAGACUUUUUCGACUUCCCAUUCAUCGACAAACGAACAGCCUUCCAUGGAAUGAAUCUCUACGACGAGAUUGGAUGGAAAAAGGUGGAGGAAGAGAGAUACGAGUGUUCCUAUUGUGUGCAUAUGGACUGUCUCAACUGGGUCAAGCGAGACUCGUACUUGCCUCAGGGUUCUCAGGGUCUCAAGGCUGUGACAAAGGUGAAGCUGAGUUACGAUCCCAAGGAGCUCGAUCCGGAAAAGAUGACUCCUUAUGCACGAGACCAUCCUCAGAUUCUCGCGGAAUAUUCUGUUUCCGAUGCUGUGGCCACCUAUUAUCUCUACAUGAAGUAUGUGCAUCCGUUCAUCUUCUCUCUGUGUUGCAUUAUUCCCCUCAACCCCGAUGCAGUGCUACGAAAAGGUACAGGUACUCUUUGCGAGAUGCUCCUCAUGGUCAAGGCUUAUGAGGGACGCAUCAUUCUUCCCGACAAGCACAAACCUGCUCUUGAGCGUCAUUACAAGGGUCAUCUGGUCGAUAACGAGACGUACACCGGUGGCCACGUGGAGUCCUUGGCUGCUGGCGUGUUUCGAAGCGACAUCAUGGUCGAUUUCGACAUUGAUACUAACAGUAUCGACGAGCUACUGGUCAAUUUAGACGAGACUCUCGAGUUUUGCGUCACUGUUGAGGCUGGAAAGAAAUCGUCUGAUUUUGAGAACUUGGAUGAAGUAAGAGACCAGAUCAUCGAACAGCUUCAGGAGCUCAAAUCCAACCCCAAGCGAUCCGAUUACCCGCUCAUUUACCACGUGGAUGUCGCGUCUAUGUACCCCAACAUCAUGACGACCAACCGACUUCAGCCCGACUCCAUGGUAGACGAAAAGGACUGUGCUGUUUGUGACUACAACCGUCCCGACAAGACGUGCGCACGUGAACUAGAGUGGGCUCGACGAGUCGACUAUUACCCUGUGUCAAAGGGAGAUGUCAACAACCUAAAGCAGGGUCUGGUUGAGGAGUACUCCGGAGGUCGUUUCGGAAACGGCUCAUCUGUCGAGAUCUCGUACGAUGAAGGUAUGACUGAGCGGGAAAAGUUCCAGAAACGAAAGGGCUGGGCUGGAUUGUCUGGUCAGGAGCAGGCUAACAAGCUCAAGGAGCGAGUGGCGGCCUUUUCGCUCAAGACCAAGGCUCGAAAGACGGACUCGGAGACGACUGUGCAAAAGACCAUUGUUUGCCAGCGAGAAAACCCCUUCUAUGUCGAUGUUGUGCAAGAGUUCAAACAGCGUCGAAUCGACUACAAGACAAAGGCGAAAAGGUGGAACAAGGAGGCUGCUUCUGCUUCCGAUCCUGCGUCUCGAGAGGAGGCCAAGAAGAUGGCUAUCACCAACGACUCGAUGCAGCUGGCCCACAAAGUCAUUCUCAACUCCUUCUACGGUUAUGUUAUGCGAAAGGGUUCUCGAUGGUACUCCAUGGAGAUGGCCGGUGUGACUUGUUACACUGGAGCCAAGAUCAUCAAGAUUGCCCGUCAGACAAUGGAAGGUCUUGGUAUUCCUCUUGAGCUCGAUACAGACGGUAUUUGGUGUAUGCUGCCCAAGACCUUCCCCGAGAAGUUCAAGUGCAAGUUUAAGGAUGGUUCCAGCUACGAGCUUGAGUAUCCCUGUUCUAUCAUGAACUACUUGGUGCACAGAGACUUUACCAACCACCAGUACCAGAAGCUGAAUCCCGAGACUGGGAAGUACGACACUCAUUCAGAAAACUCCAUCUUCUUCGAGCUCGACGGACCCUACAAGUGCAUGAUGAUGCCUACGUCGACUGAUAAGGGUAAGGGUCUCAAAAAGCGGUACGUGGUUUUUGACGACCGCAAUAAGAUUGUCGAGCUUAAGGGCUUCGAGGUCAAGCGACGAGGAGAGCUGUCGUUGAUCAAAAAGUUUCAGUCACAGCUGUGGGACACGUUUCUGGAGGGCUCCAAUCUCGUCGAGUGUUAUGCUGCUCAGGCUCGAGUGGCUGAAGCUUGGCUGGCAGUGAUUGACUCUCGCGGCAAGAACCUAUCCGACGAAGAGCUCAUUGACCUGGUUUGUGAGAACAAGUCCAUGUCCAAGCCUGUGCAUGAGUACGGCUCUCAGAAGAGUACUGCUCUGACGACUGCCCGUCGUCUAGCGGAGAUUAUGGGCGACUCCAUUCUCACGGGAGGCAAGCUGUCAACCAAGUACAUCAUUGCGGUUCGAACCAAGAACUCCAUGCCUGUUCCUGAGGCUAAGAAGGGUUCCGACGAGGACUCUUCAACUGCUGAUCGAGCUAUUCCCACUCUGGUUUUCGAAACCGAAUCUCUGGACGAAAAGCUGCGGUUCUUGAAACGGUGGAUGGGCCCUCGAUGGGAAUCCACGGACCCCCGAGACGUCAUUGACUGGAUGUACUAUCGAGAACGUCUGGCGACGACUAUCAACAAGCUUGUGGUGAUUCCUGCCAUUCUGUUGGGUCUCAAGAACCCCGUUCGAGGCUGUGAUCCCCCCGAAUGGGCUUCUGACAUCAUCAAGCAACGAGAUAACCCCAUCAAGCAGAGCACCCUGAGCUCUUAUUUUGUCAAGGGUAAACUUCCCACUCCUGAGCCCAUUCUCAGUGAAGAAGAUGAGGUCAUGGAGAUCCAGGUGGGCGACAUUGAAAGCAUCGGGACCACUCCUUCUCCUUCCAGACCCCCUGGAGUGCCUGCCCGAGUGGUUGUGUCUAAACGAGUGCGCAAAACUGUUGAGGAAACGGACAAGUCCACUCCCUCUCUUCCUCACAAGGCCCCCGAUCCGUUCGCCGACUAUGCAGCCUACAUUAAGUACGCCAAGGUCAAGUGGAAGCAUCAGAAGGCUCAGCGAGACCGAAGAGCCCAUCUUUUUGGCGAGUCCGACAAUGGCAUCGCUUCUUCGUGGGUGUCCAAGAACGCCCACCUGGCUCAAGACGCCUGGCACCUGGUGUCCAUCCAUGCUGCCGAAAAACCUGGCCAGGUGGAGGCCAGCGUCAUCAUCGGAGACAAGAUGCAACGGGUGCAGAUCAAUGUGCCGCGCAAGGUGUACGUGGGGUCUCGUGAGCCGCUGAAGUGGGAUAAGUUCACUGACGUGACCAAUGCCAUGGCUGUGGCUGAAGAGGAGCAACCCAAGUACCUCUACCGAGCAGUCAUGUCUGAAGACAUGUACCAGACGGAGAUGACUAACCCGGAGUCUCCGCUGAAGGACCCUCACGUGACGAAAAUCUACGAGGCCGACGUGUCGCCUGAUUCACGUGCCCUCAUUGAGCUUGGAUCCACAUUCCAUCUUGAUGCCUCCACUCCUGGUAUCCUCUCCAAGGGCUUCACCCAUGGCUUUGAGGCCAAAUGGUUCAAGUCAGGUGACUCGCGGUCCUACCUGCAAAACUCAGGACUCUCCUACGCUCACAUUGUGCACGUGGUUUCUUCUGCCGUGGAGAUAUUUGUCAUCACACCCACCUGGGACGCACCAGCUCUUGUGUUUGUGCACCAGUCGUCUUCCAGUGAAAAGUUACCUGACAUCUCGAAGGAGUACGCCCGUCUGCGACGUGGAGAACGGUACAAGCAGAACAUGGACGAUUGCACCGUCUUUUCCUUCCCCGACACAAUGCAGUACGAGGUGGAGUACUGUUCCAACCACCGACGAAUGCUGCAGAAGGUGUCCAAGGCGUGUGACUCACUGUCUGGCUCCCGAAACGGCCAGCUGGUGUUUGCACUCCAUUCUCCGGACAGAAACGUGGAUGAAAAGGUGGCUGCCCUGGCCAGAAUCCCCUGUAUUCGGCUGAGACCCGUUCCUCCGUCUACUGCUGCUGUUGGAUGGCAACGGGAUCUGGUUCGACGGCUGAUUGCAUCGUUCUUGUCACAUGGAGCCAACAUUUCGUACCUUGUCGAGAUGGCUCGGUAUGCCAAGAUGCCUCUGUGUCAUGUGCAAGAUACCCGGGACGUGAUUGACGUAUCAUACGCUCGUCGGCUCAUCCAGAACAGUGUCGUUUUGUGGUGGUCUGCUGCUCUGUCUACCGGAGGAGCCCUCACUGACCAGGCGGAAGUGCCUGUCGCCAACAAUCCUGGACUGUACACCAACAUUUGUUUCGAGAUCAAAAUCGAGCAUUUGGUGCUCAACGCCUUGUUGCAGAGUGCUGUGAUCCAGGAUACUGAGGGAGACAUUCACAACGAGCUUCUCUCCAACGCCUUCAACCCCCACGCCCUCAAAACCCUCAAAAUGGUGGUCAAGGAGUGGUGGGAGCACGGGGACAAGAAACGGCCUCCCCAGGAUCUGCUGGACAACUUCACAGUGUGGGUUUAUGCGCCUGAGUCGCGUCUUUUCUCCCCCCAGUUGCUGUACCACACUCAGAACCUGACGAAGAAGACCUUCCUGUAUCUUGCUCAAGAGUGUCGAAAGCACCAGGCUCAGUUGGUGUACGCUGAUCAACACAAGCUUGUGUUGCAGACAGAGAAGACGGAGCUUCAGCUGGUGUACUCGUACUCCAACUACAUUGUUCGGCAGAUCAGAACCCAUCCCAUUCUCAAGUAUGUCUCUGUCGACAUUACUCGCUACUGGGACACCUUCCUGUGGAUGGACAAGUGGAACUACGGGGGCUACUCGUCUGACGUCAUUGUUGACCCCUCCAAGCAGAGCGAGUCUCUGUUGAUGCAUUGGCACAUUGCCAACUUCUUGCCUGAGACUCUACAGCAGGAAUUUUCCAAGUGGGUCCAGGAGUACAUUCAUUUGUUGCGGCUGCGGAAAUACCCCGAAAACAGAACUACUGAUGUUGACGACAUGCCCAGUGACACUCCCAUGCUCACCGACGGAGACAAGGACGACGCUGCCCUUCUGAGCGACAAGUUCUUUGGCAAGGGUGUGGUUUCUUACCUGCAUCCCAAGCUCGUGAGACGGGUCAAGCUGCUGGCUCAAAAGCUAUCGGAUGUUCUCUCCUCAGGCGACUCCAUUGACGCCUUUAAGUUCCCCGUGCUUCCCGGGUCCAUGAUCCAGCCAGAGACUAAUCCCGUGGUCGAGUUCGCCAAGUACGUGUGCCACAUUUACGGCAUCAACGCCAAGGCCAACUUUGAAGUCCAGAUUUUGCUCAGAGACCUUCUUAACAUCUUUGAUAUCAACGAGUUUUCCGAGGAGGGCACGUUCCGAGAUCCGUCCAUGUCGCUCAAGCUAACCAACAUGAUGUGUUUCAAGUGCAAGAACCCCUGCGAUCUGGACCUAUGCAAGGACUCGUGCUGCACCAAAUCUGGCUUCAGAUGCCCCCUCUGCAACUCGCUCUAUGAUAUGGUCAUUGUGGAGCAGCGGCUGGUGGGUCAGCUGCAGCGAAUGAUUCUCGAGUACGAGACGCAGGACUUCCGCUGCGACAAGUGUCGACGAGUCAAAGAGUAUGAGCUCACGGAGUUCUGUCCUUGUUCUGGCUCUUGGGUCACUAUCAUGUCUGCCGAAGACGUCCACAAGGAGCUGUCCAUUUAUGAUCGGUGCGCUCGGUGGUUCGAGUUGAAGAUGCUUGGUUCGUUCCUCAGACAGUUGGGUUAUGUUUAG